UCGACCAAAAGCGGACUCAGGGCGAAGAAAUAGGUCUCGUCCCCAAAAUGGCUGUUAGGAGUCCGCAUGCUCAGCGCCAUUUCGGUAGCGAGAUAUUUAUUUCACAGACGAGAUAUUAUUGAGACUCGGGAGAUAUUUUAGAAACAAUGGGACAUGUAUAAAAUCUCUUCGAAAUGCAGUUCAAUAUAUGAAAUACUAUUACUUUCCGGAAACUUUGAUGCUGUAAAGGGAGGGAGACAAAGGAAUAAAGAGAUUUUAUGGUCGUUGUUAGAGAGGUUUACAAUAAUCAUUGGGAGAUAAUCCUACAUCUCGAGAGAAUAUUUCGUCCUUUUUCUUGUUGGCUUCUUAUUCUUCACACAUUUAGAUACUGAGAUUAUGAUGAUUUUACUCAAGAGGAAAAGAAUUUGCUUUAGAUUAACGCUGUCAUUAUCAUGUAUUCUUGGUAUGGAAAGAUAAUCUCAUCCCACUCAGCUGUUCUGUAGAGAAAGUCAACGUUACAAGAAAGAGUGGACUUCUCUUCUACAUUAAAUAAAUUAAACAUUCUUUUUUCCAUGAAUGCAUCAUAGCCUAGGAUAAGAAAUUUAUUUAAUCUUCAUGUAAACUACAGUCCUUGAACUUAAACUAAACCAUUAAUUGGAGCAGAAACUAUAUUAUGCAUUAAAAGAAAUAUAAAUGGCAAAAGAUUGCAAGCAAAAAACUAAGACAUUCAUUACUCUGCCAAACAACUCAAUUUCAGCUUAUUCAUUGUUUUUAGAGAUUUCUACUUCAUAUUUGUAACUCAUAAUUUCAUUUAUAUGUAUGCACAUAUUAACAUGUAAUCAUGCAGUUUGUUCACUUAUUCAGAAAUUGUCUAACUUACAGAUGGUAAUAUCAACUGUAAUUCAUUUUGGCAUUUACUAAUCAUGUGCAAAUAUCAUUAUAAAUUCGUAGUCAUGAUUAGAUUUGUGAUUCUCUAAGGUUCAGGGAUGUGUAAAACUUAACAAUUAAUGAAGAGUAAUUAACUGAAAGUAAAGAUGUCCAACCCCAUUGGUUCAUUUUUAGUGAGGGCAGCAAGAUCGACAGUAGCAGGGGAUGCCUACGAGGGUGAACCUUCAGGACACACGCUCCCAACUGGAGCAUUCUUAUCUGAGUUAACAACGACGCAAAACACGCCAUCAUUCCUUACGGAAACUCCCCAAGCUACUAAUGCAGCUUUUUUAGCAGCUCGUUCUGGACACCAAGAAACAAUUCUCAGUUUGACAGCACCUGGAGGCACGGGAACCUUUCUCUCUUCUGCUGAAUCGGAUGUCACUGGAGGAGAAGAGGUGUUGCUUGGGGGCGGAGAUGAUGGGGAUGCUGGUGAUAUUACAUCAGGGCCGUUGCUCUACCUUGAUCCUGCAACUGGACUUCAUGUCCUUGUGCAUCACCUUCCACAUUCCUCACAAGAAACUACUGGAACCAGGGUGGAAGAUACGUCUCAUGAGCAAUUUGUGGUGGUUGGGGCUCUACAGUCAGAAGAGGAGCAGGUGGUGCUGGAAAGACCAUUAGAUGAUAGCACUGCACAUAAUACAGUUAAUGUUGAAAACAUGCUGAGAUCCCAGGUAGAAUCAGCCAGAACAGAACUCACUCCACAUCACAUUUUUGCCUCACAACUAGAGUCUUCAUUGGGCCUUAAUGUUGGAGUUACUACAUCAGAUUCUCUGUCCAGUAGUCAAGCAUGCAAGUCCAGAAAUUCAGUUUUGAAUAUUCAGGCCACACCAGAACCAAUUGGAGACAGGAGAGAAUCUCCUUCCAUCUUGGACUGUACUGAUACUCCCAUGCUGACCCUUCGAGUAGCAGAUGAGGGAGGUGGAAUGUCUACAGGGGAGCUGAGAAGAGAUAUACUGGGUAUUGAAUCAGUGCCACACAUAAAUUUGGAAGAGAUCAUUGAGAAGUUCACCAGUAGCAACACACAUGUUAUAGACAGUGGCGGUGUGUCUGAAACCAACAGAGUUAUUACAGAUAUGAACAGUGCUGUGGAUGACAGUGCUAACCCAGUUUUGUCAGAGAUAACAGUAUACAAAGAUCAUCCACUACAACAGGAUCACAAACUAAGUUUAGAGAAACAUAUUGAAGUCACUUCAGAGAUUUUGCAAGGAGACAACAGAAGCCCAAGUAAAGCCACAACAGAUGAUAAUAUAACCAGAAGGCCUUUUGUUAAUUCUAGAUCCGAGAACGACAAAGGUCACUUUUUGAAACUAAGUAGCAUCUCUGACAAAGAUGAUGAUAAUGACAAUUCUGUGAUAAUUGAUGAAGAGAGCCUUUAUGAUAUUGUAAUGACAUACAGAUGCAAGUUAUGCUCUGAAGUUUUUGUUGAGAAGACUGGGCUAUUACAACAUUACAAGGAAGUACACAAACCAGGUGGCACUGUGAAGAUUCGUGUGUCAACUACACCUGCAAAUGACCAGACACUUUCACUGUGUAAUGAGGACACAAAAUUACCAAAGAAGAAAGCUGUGUUUCCAGACCACAUUGGCAAUGUUUCAGAAGCAGAAGAAAAAAAGGACCUCAAUAUUCUCCAUUGUGGAUUUUGUUCCAAAGAAUUCCUGGACCUUCAAGAAUGCCGUAAGCAUAUAAAAAAGGAACAUCCAGGAGAGACAGAGAAGAAGACAAGAAAAGGACAUGCACGACCACGAAAUUCACAGGGUUUGAAAGUCAAGUAUCCUUCGCAACCAGGGAUGCUCAUUGGCCACCGUAAAUCUCGUAGUUAUGCUCAGGAGGAUAGUGAGGAAAAGAAGCCUGAAGGUAAUGAGACUAGUAAACGCCGUGUGAGAGCUCCAAAGAAUCUUCAGGAGCAGUAUUGGUUGCAGAAACAGAAACCAAAACCUGUAUUUUCAAAGGAAGUUAAAAAGAUAUUCAAGUGUCCAGUACACACUUGUAAGUACAAAUUUUCAAGUGAGGAAAAUUUGCAACAACACAAAGCAUGUCAUGGUCAGGCAGAAAGUGGCGAAGAAAGAGUCUUCACAUGUAGUAUAUGUUUCCUGAAAUACAAAGGGACUUAUUGA